CAGCAGCGGCGGCGGGCGGCGGCGGCGGCAGCAGCAGCAGCAGCAGGAGAGUCAUAAUGACCCGGCUGAACUGACGCAGGCUGUCACCAUGAACAUCUCCAUCCCUUCCAUUCUGACUGGUCUGGCUGGGAAGUGUCUGCUGAACUGGGCGCUGGUGUUCUUUCAGGGGAACCACAUCUGGAGGAGCUUUGUGGGGGUUUUCAGCGUCUCCCUGAGCGUCGCUGACACGACCCUGACGCUCUUCCUCACCACCAUCCACCUCCACGCCAGUGGACAGCUCCUCCUGUUCGGCUGGCAGCUGACCCGAUACCACAUUUGUUUGCUGGUUCAGAUCGUAGGACAAGUCUACAGCGCUCUGCAGUUCCCGGUCAUAGUCGUGACCGGUUUGGACCAUUUCUACACCCUUUCACAGAAAUCACACUCUGCCGCCUCUAGACGAGAAUGGUCUGUGCACUCAUCUAUAACAGUCCUCCUGUGGUUUGUCAGCACCCUAUACGUCUUCCUACUGUCCAACUUUAAACCUGUGAUGGAGGAUGUGCCCCAUUACCACAUACGUCAGUGCUGGGCCUUCUACAGCUUUCAGAUCCUGCAGGUCGCCUUGUUGCUCCUCUUGACUGUGGUCUACGCCACUCUGCACACUGUGUUCUCUGUAAGAUCGAAAAGUCCUGCUCUGGGAGACCAAAGACGAGCAGACUCCAAGAGAAGUGUCAUUUCCCAAGUCCUGCGCACGUUUCAAAGCUUUUGGUGUACGUUUUUAUUUCUAGCUGUUCUGCUCCUGCUGUCUGUGGCGAUGCCCUCGUACCUGGGCCUGAACGUUGCCUGGCUCUGCUUUCUAAGCAGCUUUUUGAUGGGAGUUGCUUCAUCUGUGGUGUGUCCAAGCGUGCACAUGGCCGCAUUGGCAGCAGGUCCUCCUGACUUCUGUGAGAGGAGGUGUAAAUUUAGCCUGGCUGCAGAGAACAGAGUCUGAGUGCACACAUGGAAUCCAUGCAGGCAGCACAGCAGAAGAUGCUGAAUUAAGUAAUGACACCUGAAGGUUUGUAGUGUAGUAUCAAUGUUGUAUCUAGUUUUUCUAUUUGUUUCAUUAAAAACCUUUCCAUUCCACACAUAUAUGCUGUUUGUGGCCUGGUUCUGGCUAUGCGGUCUUAACCUAUUAACCUAUGAUGUCUUUAAAACCACAUUAUCAGUUUUCACAUCAGUCUGUGAACAUUUUUACGUCUCAGGUGUAUAAAAAGGUGACAUCAAAACACAACGGUGAUUUGACACUACAGAACUUUACUUGAAUUUGAUCCAAGUCCAUUGUCUAUACAGAGGAUAUUUACACGAUCUGAAAUCAGAGAAGGGCGAACAGAAAUAAACAAACACUAGAUACAAUUGAGGUAUUAGCUAAAAGCAUUUACAGGUAUGUCAUUUACUAGUAAAUAUCAAUGAUGAUAAACAGUUAGAGAUGCAGUGUCGUCUGCUUAAAAAACAUCUUUCUAUAUCACAACAUGAGGUAGGAGAACAGUGUCUCGAUUCAUGCAAGAACAAAAGUCUCAUCACACUGUAGUAUUGGCAACGUAGUAUGCAAUGGUCAUACACAGACACUGCGUUUCAUGUCUCAGCAUCGAGAGAAAAAAAAAGACUUUAGCAAUGCCAUAUAUAUAUAUAUAUAUAUAUAUAUAUAUAUAUAUAUAUAUAUAUAUAUAUAUAUAUAUA